AUGGCUUCCAACGAAAAAGACGAUUUUGAAAACGACUGGACCUUUGUCGACAGGGAAGGCAAAGUUGACAUUGAGGUACGUGCAUUGCAUCACUUUUGGUUCGAUAAUUUUUAGUGUCUGCAUAUGCUGUUUUUACAGAGCAUUGUUGAAAAUGUUCGAAGCCUAACGACUCUAUUUUUUCUCAUUAUGGGAAAUCAGUAAAACUGUAGUUAAGCAAUUUACUGCAAACGCGAGAGAAACAACCCGGCGCGGCAAUAUUUAGCCCGCGAAAGGAAGCAAACUAAAUAGAGUUCAUUUGCGUUUUCAUGUGUGCAGUCUUACACAGAAAGUACAUUCGGCCUACUACGUGCAUUUUGUGCACCUAUAUUUUUCCUACGGCGGCCGCCAAUUCAUGGCUGUUUGUUUACAAAAUGUACCCAAGCUUUUUUAAAUUUGCAAUUUAAAACAGAUCGACGCGUACUUUCCCUUUGCAUGCCCGUUCGUCCGCUUGUCAACAAUAGAUCACGUGGUCAGCUGGCUCUCGUCACCUGUGGUUACAUAAGCCACAUGUUCACUUAAAAUAAACACCAGUAUUUAUUGGUGUGUAUUCAUUAUUUUGUAAAUGUUUAAGCCUUUUUUGCAGUCAUCUUGCAACAAGACUAUGAUUGGUGUUGAUCAGAGCAGAAAGUUAUUUUCAGUACCACAUGUCAUAAUAUUUUCUGAUACAUGGACUUUGAAAUUAGGAUUAUUUAAAGAUAUUUAGUAUGUAGAUGUAGAUUAGUGUUGUUAGUCACUAAGAGAUUUUGGGAUUUCAGUCAUAGUGAAUUGCCAAGGAAAAAAACAGACUACUUUAAAUUCAUUUGUAUCGUCUUACCCCAACGUGUGGCCUAUUUUGUUAUGACAAGGGAGCUGUAUGUUGUCUACUAAUAUUAUUGGACAAAAACCCAUCCAUGGUUUUUUGUGCCAUCUUGGUUGGGGGACAAAUACAGCUUAAAUUACAGUUGAAUGUAUGGAAUUUUGGCUGACUUUUAGCCUAUGACACUUCAUUCUAAAAUUUCUUCUAUCUAAAUUAAGAUCUUUAAAAAGGUCUUUUUUUGCAAGUUUCUUCUUGUCAAGUAAAGUGAACAAAACCAAACUGUUGUAGCAAAAGCAAAAAGAAACUUAAAACUUCAGAUAGUUGCUCUCUAUGAAAUAUCAAAAUUGAUUGUGAAGUGAGGAGUUGUCAAAUUUGGUUAUUGUUUUCUCCAAUUUCAAUUCUUGCUCCAGCACUGUUGCAUGAAGGUGGAUAAUACUAUUCAGUCAGUGAUGCAAUGAUAUUGGUCUUGCUAAUACUUUAUUGCUGAAUAGUGACUUAUCUGGUGGAUGUGUUGAGGUUUGCUUUAAACUUUGGUUUAAAUGGUAAUGUGUGAUUACGACUUUGAAAUGAAGGAAAAUAAUAUUUAACACCAAGGAUGAAAUUGAAUCAAAACAUGUAUACCUAAUUCAAUUAAGGUUGCUUUAACAAUAGAUCAUUGGAAAUUGGGCAAUUGGGUGUAUGGAACUCUUUACAAUGAUUUGCUGGAGUGAUUAAUUGCUAAACAAUAACUUCGUUGUGUGCCAUUGCCUAAUGCUCGAAGAAAACUGCAUUUAAUCAUGUAUAUCAGGGUUCGUAUGGGUCAUGGAAAACCUGGACAGUUAUAAAAUUUAAGAAUCAUAUUGUUUGGCCUGGAAAGUCAUGGAUUUGAAUUGUUGGUCCUUGAAAGUUGUGGAAAAUUUAAGUUUUGUUUGGUAGAUUAGUUACUGGGGAGCUUAAGCAAUUACGAAGACCACCACAGCAACUACUUCAAAAGACAAUACGUUUAAUGAAUCAUCAAAACAACAGCUCUGAAUGUGCAUCACGCUUUUUAGGACAUUUCUUUGACGUCCACUGCACGACUACGACGUGAAACUUCCUAAUUUGCCGUUUUAUGGAGGACGUGGACAUACGACAACUAAUUUUCCUUCCUCUCUUCUUAACCUGAAUAAUAUCCUUAAGAAUUCAACUUCAGGAAAAGUCGCCUGCAUUUUGACAUAUUGAGCAGGUCCAAAGACGCGAUUAACUUUGAAAGAAUGCAAAUUCAUUUUUUCCCCGACGUUUUCACUGCCAUCGUCAUCGUCCUUGCUUAAGGUCCCUAUACUGCUGAUGAUAAAGCAAGGACAAUGUAAGAUAGAGAGUUCAAGUGAUUCAAGUGGACACCAGAGUUUGUGUCUCUUGAACUAUUUAAGAUCCAAUAAUAACCUAAAACACAAACACUUUAAAAAUUUGUAAGUGACAGCUAAACCUAAGGUCACUGAAAACUUAAAAAGGUCACGGAAAAAGUCAUGGAAAGUCCUGGAAUUUGAGGAGCUCAAAAGAUUACAAACCCUGUAUAUGCAUUAUCCAAAAUUUUUUAACCAGUGCUAGUUGAGUGGCAUAGAUGAGAUGCAAAGAAAUCCUUUAAAAUUUUGAAAGUUUGUGGAUCAAAGGUUAAAAAACAGUUUAAAGGCUUGUUUAUAGUGGAAAGUGUACUUAGCUUAUCCAGCUAGGUUACAGGCACUUAACUCAAAUACUUAGAAAUAAAUAAUUCAAAUGCAACAUAACAGGAUUAAAAACCCCAACUAGCAGGAGGCAACCAGUUGGCUAUUUACAAGCGUGCCCAAAGAUUUGAACUCGGGACGACCAAGAACAAAUCCAGCAAGUGGCCAGUGUGGGACUUGAACCUGGGACUGCCAGAUUGCGAGUCCGAGGCACUGACCGUCUAAGUUUAAAGGCUUGUUUAUAGUGGAAAGUGCACUUAGCUUAUCCAGCUAGGUUACAGGCACUUCUCUCAAAUACUUAGAAAUAAAUAAUUCAAAUGCAACAUAACAGGAUUAAAAACCCCAACUAGCAGGAGGCAACCAGUUGGCUAUUUACAAGCGUGCCUAAAGAUUUGAACUCGGGACGACCAAGAACAAAUCCAGCAAGUGGCCAGAGUGGGACUCGAACCUGGGACUGCCAGAUUGCGAGUCCGAGGCCCUGACCGUCUGGCCAUGCUACCUCCUCCAAGUCAGGAAAAUUCUAAUAGAAAUACUGGUUUAGUAAUUUUAGUCAUGUUUGCUUUCCCAAAAAAGGUCAUGGAAAAAGAUGUUAAUGGGUCUUAUCUAACAAGCAUUGUUAUAAACUUUCUUGCAGCCACGGAAGAAUUCUGUGUCUUACUCAAAACCACUGCAAGCAAAGGAUGAGGUUCUUGUUUCUCCUACUGAAGUCCCUGAUAAGGAUGACAGUGAGGGGGAGGCAGAAUUUGAGGUGCUAACUGGAUUUCAGUGUCAUCCGCCAUCAAUUGAAGAGCUAGCAAGCACUCAAGAUUUGCAAAGAGUUGAGAGUAAUGAACAGUCAGCGGAAAAUAGUGACAUUUAUGGUGAGAAGUCAGAAGAUCAACUUGUUCCAGUCCAACAGAAUGGCUGCCAGUGUGCUGCUGAUGAUGGCAUCAUGAUCAUCUCUAAUCACUUUUGUAUGAAUGAUGAGACUGACUCCACAAGUAAUGAUGAUGAUGUUGAUAUUCCAGUAACCCUUGAAUGUGAACAAGACUGCACUCAAGAAAAUCUGCCAUCUUCUUGUGCCAUUACAGCAACUACUGAUGGUUGGGAAAACCCACCUCAGCUCUCAGAAAGUGGCUCUUACUCAUUUCCCAGUGACUCGAACAGCUCAGAGGAAGACAACGAUAUUGAGCCUAUUCCAGAAGAGGACAGCAGCCAAGAUUUUGUUGAAUUAGGCCAUGAUGUGGACACCCUUGAUACAAUGGUUGACUCUAAGAACAGCUUGUUUUCAUUUGACAGUGACUUGUUUAACCCAAGUGAUUUAGAUGAAGAUGUUUGCAAGGGAGAAGAUGAUACUGCAGACAUUGUAAAGCUUUCUGAGGCUGGUGAAAGUCUUAAAGAGAGUGACCAAAAUGAAGGGGAGAGUACAGAUAUAACUGAGGACCUUCAUGUGACAACAGACAACUGUAGCUAUGUUUCCUUUGAUCUUCCAACAUUGUUUCUUCUUUUGGGCGUAACCACCGCUCUUGGUUUCAGUAUUGGAUACGGUAAGACUUACACAAUAUUUAAAGUAAAUAAUAUUUUUUUGGUGAGGUAACAACCAAUUUUACUUGUCUGACCAUGUUUGUGAAAAUGUCAUGUGAAAGUAGUGACUUCUGUCUUUUUAAUUUAAUUUUAAAUGCUUCCUGGCUUAUCCCGGGCAUUUAGUAUAUUAAAGUAAGCUGUGUAAACUCAGGGAUUUGAUGUGCAACAAGGCUGGCCACAUUACACAUUUGACCUUGAAAAUGACUGAUGCACAAGGAAAGCAAGAAACAUCAUUUCAUUCUCAGAUAAUUUAAUCUGUGAUUGCCUGUAAUCAUCAAACAAAAUAAAAAGUUGUCAUAACAAAACUUGGCAGCUCCUUGUUUUGUAACCCUGUGUAUGUGAUAAAACAUUGUUUUUUUUGUUUAACUUGGCAGGAUUAAGUGUCUACAUUAGUAGCCAAGCCUUGGAGGUGACUGGAAACGUCAAGAGACCUGGACCCAAGACAGCCUCACUUCCCCUUACCUCUGACUCCAUGGAAUCUCUGGAUGAAGUAUCACGUGAUUUCUUGGAUCAACUAACAAUGUGGAAAAUUGAAGACCGUCUUGACUCCCAGAGAGACCCAGAACCUGAAAAUGAUUUGGGAGACUUAUUUGACACUAAAGCACUGCAUGAGAAACUUCAGCAGAAACACUUUAGACUCACGAGCUUGCACGAAAGUGUGAAACAGCGUUUGCGCAUGAGUAGAGUUAUGUCAUGGUACUGGCGUCUUAAGUAUGAGGAGGAGAAAUCGAAGAAGGAAGGAGGUGGUGAAUGGAACAAGGCUUUGCAAGAACAGCUGGAACACAUGGAACAGCUCUACUUGCAUGAAAAACACACUGCUGAUCUGUGGCGUCGUAUGAAUGAAAAUGCAAAACUGCGCCGUGCAGUGGCAAAUGGCAUCAAGUUUGACAAGUAAGAGCUGAUUCAAAAAGGGGUUUUCCGUAAGAAUUAUUUAUUCAACAGUGCAGCAGAAGAGAAAAUGGCUAUAGAUUUUUAUGAACAAAGGAGCCAAAUUAAAUUUGGUGUGAUAAAUUGCCAUGAGCAAGUUUUAUUAUGUUCAUUGUAAUGAUGAAGGUUGAAUCACUUUGGGCAUUAUUUGUGCAAAAAGUUGUUUAUUUCUGAUAAGCUGCCCGUGCUCAGUUCAGCAACUUAAAACGUUUUUUUUUAUAAAUUUCCUUAAAAUUAUUUUAAUCUUUUGACAGCUUUAUACCUUCACUAUUUAUGAUCUUAGGCAUGACAAUAUUCCAAUAUAAUGCUCAUUUAGGGGUUAAACACUUUAAGUCCCAAAAGUGGCCAGUGUCAAUUAUAUAGAGUUUCGUCUAUCAAGGUUCCACUAUACUAACACUACAAUUUUUGACAUCCCAGAUACUGGAAGGAUUUUCUAAAUCGAUGGAAAAAAUCUGAAGACAGAGGUCCUGUAAAUGAGAGUCAAAAGUUGACACACCCUUCGGAGGUUGACAAAAACCCGGAAGAAGAGUUAUCGGCGAUAAAAGCUAAAGAACUGGAGCAAAAUGAACGCAGCAGUUCACGCGUGCAUGACAAUAUGUGGAGAGAAUUUAGAGACCGCUGGACAAAGGACUUGCUGUUAAAGGGACGCAAAAAGGACAGUUCUUCAGUGAGUACUAAGUGUGCUUCUGAUGACCCAGAAGAAAAGAACUAUCUGUUACGGUUGUCUUGCAAAGGUUCUGUGACAAAAGUAUCACAGGAAACAGAGAUCUCUCCUUGGUAUACUCCGAUAUUUAUGGAAGGCCUAGUUAAGAGGUCAGUGGAGGAUGCGAGUAAGAAUCAUGAUCACGAAGACGACAAAGUGGUAACGCCACUCACCAAACAUAACGUGGAAAACCAGGAUAACGGUGAGGAAAUAGCGAAAGAGUUCACAAAAGGUCCUCAGUUUGAUAACCCGCUGUUUCCUCGUGAAUCUGUGUCUUGGUUUCACGAUAAAACUCCGCGUUCUUUGAAAGCAGAUUCUUCAGAACAAUUGAGAAUGCCUGCAGAAAGAUUACCCCUGACGGAAACUUACGUAAAAGACUUUUGGUGUCCAAAAAGGGCAGGGGAAGCUGAAAAGGUGCCAAGAUACGUUUUGGGAAACGCGAUCAGCAGUUUAAAGAAAGUUAAAACUGUGAAGCGUCGUGUGUCUGACCGUGGCAGGAUUAAUGGCGAAAAAGACACCGCCGCUCAGAGCUUUGGAGCUUUGAAAGCAACCAAGGUUUAUCGGAAAGAUGAGGCAAAUGUGCAGCUACAAAUGCUCCGAAAUUUAUCUAAAGAUCGAGGAGAAGAGAUACGCAAGCACAGGAUCCAACGACGCGAGCUAAAGAAAAAAGAAAAAAAAGCAAAGCUGCGUGUCGAAGAAGGAGAUCGCUACUUGUUGAAGUUAAAACAAGAAAGGCGUGGUUUAGAGAUCGAGAAGAAGAAAUUACGACGCUCCUGGAAAGCGCUCGCGCGCAGUAAAAAGAGGUUAUCUGUGGAAAGAGAAAUUCACGAGAAAGGCAAACAUGGACUUGAGAAAUUCAUUGCGGCCCUGAAGCAGGAAAAGCAAAAACUAAAGAAGCUGAAAACGAGGUUGAAAAAGAUGAAAGAGUUGUUAGCGAAACAGUCCGAAUUGUUGAAGUUAAAAAAGGAAACUUUAGAUGCGAAUAAGAAGAAAGAAGUAGAGAGGUUAAGGAGUGAGAUCACCCAAGAGAAAGACAAAUUACGAAAACAACAAAAAGUGUUAAAAUCUUUAAAGAAAGCUGUCAAGGAGAAAUAUAAGAAAUGGUCGAGGGAAUUACGUCAAGUGAAAACUGAGAAAGAGAAGCAGAGAAGGAAGAGAGAACAAGCUAAAAAGAGAAAAAAGGCAAAGAAGAAAGGGGAGAGAGCAGAAAGAGAGCGAAAACAAAAGCAAGAAUACGAGUCUGUUGUUCGGGAGCAAGCGAAGUAUGAUAAAGAAAAACGAAGGAGAAAAGGAGAAGCAAGCGAAACUGCAAAUGAAAAGAUUGCAAAGGCAAACUGGAAGAAAAGUGAUGAUCACACGAGCGAAAAAGAAGGCGAGCAGAGUAGAGGCUCACAGGCUAAGACGGAAGGCGGUCAUCAUGAAGCCUUUUUUAGGCAGCAGUUGGAAAAAGUCAAAGAAUGGCUGUCUAGAGUUCGAGAGAAAACGCUAGAACGGCAACAGAAGACAUUCUCGCAAAUGGAAAAUCUUAAACAGUGGUUGUCCGGGGUUCACAAAAAGACCCUUAAAAAAGCUGAAGAGUUCCACUGGAGAACUUUGUUUAUGCCAUCAAUAUUCGGUGCUAAUCGCGGAGCGGAAACGCCUACGCGGAAUGCGGGUGAACAGGAUAAAUUUCAAGGAAAGGAGUUACAGAACGAUAAAACAUCAGAGGACAACGAAGAAAAUUCUAAAAGUAACGUUGAAGCUAGGCAGGAUCAUCCCCGCAAACUUAGCUACUGGGAAGCUGGAAAGAAAGAACUGCAAAAGCUGAUGUUUGGAAUAGAGAAACGCGAAUUUGAACGGAAAGAAAACGAGAAAAGGGAGGUGACUGUUAGAAAUUCGGAGUUGGCGAGAGUUUCGGAGGACAGGGCUUUAGCAGGUUUCUUAAACUUAACGUUUGAUAUCGAUCUUGUUAAAACACUGCUGAAAGGACUGGAACGCAAAGAUAAAACAACAAGUGAUAACGUUAGAGCGGCAGAUAGCAGGUCUUUUAUAAUAAUCUCGAAAGAAUCGGAUGAUAUCCGCUCUAGCGGAGACUCCUCUGAUGUUCAGAAGAAAAAAAUGAUGGGAAAAAACCUGAAAUGCGCUAAAGGUCAUCCUUGGAUGCUUCAAGGACCUACCGAAACCGGGCUUAGCCAAGAGCAAGACAAAGAUUGGACCCGAAAGGAGACGCCCGAGGGCCCAAUACCACCCGAAGGCAUCCGAUUGUCUUCAAAAGAAUGGUACGAAAAACGGCACAAGGUGAAAACUAGAAGACAGGAGGAAGUAGGCGCUCAAGGUCCCGUCUUGUCGGACGUGAGACCGGGUGAUGCGAGAGAUCGUCACAGGGGUUAUGCUCAAGACAAAGUUUGUAUUUCCGAUGAUACAGAAAAAGAGGAGUCUAUUCCACCUCCUGAUUGGGUGUUUCAACGUGCUCGGGAACGCGCCAAGGAACGUGCCGAUCAGUGGUCUGUUCCGUGGUACGAUUUGCGGGCUCAAAAUCGUAACUCUCAGCGAAGCAAGGAUGAACACAAUACCCAGUUUCCGUGCGGUCACCACUGGGAGCCUCAAGAUGAGCCCGCGUCUUUCUCAUGGUAUGAUCAGCGGGCACAAGAGCGAUGUUAUCAACGCAACACUGAUACACAUGACACCCAGUUCCUGACUGAUAGGAAAUUUAAACAUCGCAAUGAACAGCGGUCUGUCCCUUGGUAUGAUCGGCGGGCUCAAGAGCGAGACCAGCAACGUUCCUCUGAUAAACAUGAAACCCAGUUUCCCUGUGGUCACAAACAAAAGCGCGGCCAGAACUGGUUUUUCGAACGAGCCAGUGAUCGUGCUCAUCAGCGGUCAAAUUAUGUCCCGUGGUAUUUUCGCAGAGCAGACGGGCGGCAGUCGCAGCGCCGAGAGGAACUGGAUCCAUGGUUCGUAGGAUCUGGACACUACAGGGAUCAUUUCCGUGAUUGGAUGCCACAGGGACCUUCCAUGGAUGAGCACUGCUGACAUUUAUAGGAUUGCUUUUAGUAAUUAAUGCAAGGUGGUGAGUUCAAUGUUGAAUGAGGUUUCGCAUAAUAGUGGUAAAUUGCGCAGACUAGGCUGACUGUUGCGUUAGCGCGUUAGAUUGAAUGCAAUCAACUCCGGAUACCGUUGAGACCUGCACCUAGAGAUUUCGGCUGAGUUGCAUGUGACGUAUGAACAUGUAUAUGAAAAUUUCAAAGUGAGAAUUCUAAAUCUUAAGAGUUCAG